AUGGCUUUAGCGAUGAACCAAAAGUGCAAAGUAUGUGGAGAACCAGCGGCCGGGUUCCAUUUCGGCGCAUUCACUUGUGAAGGAUGCAAGUCAUUCUUCGGCCGCUCCUACAACAACCUGAACUCCAUCACGGAGUGCAAGAACAACGGAGAAUGUGUCAUCAACAAGAAGAACCGGACAGCGUGCAAAGCGUGUCGACUGCGCAAGUGUCUGAUGGUCGGCAUGUCCAAGUCUGGCUCCCGCUAUGGCCGCCGCUCCAACUGGUUCAAGAUCCACUGCCUCUUACAAGAGCAACAGCAAGCUGCACAGUCGCAGUCUCCUCCGAGAGUGCCGCCCUCCCCCCACCCGCUUGCUCCUCCAUUCCCACCUCAUCUGUUCCCAGCGCUCGCUAGACCAAGAACUAAGGAAGAACUGGCUCUCCUCGGCUUAGACGACUACAAGCCUCCAUGCUCGGCAUCUCCAGACUCACACAAAAGUGGGUCAUCGCCAAAAUUAGAUGAGAAAUCUCGACUGACACAGUCGCGGCCGCCAGAAAGACCGCUGACACCGCCUCGAGAUAGCUUUGUUCCACUCCACCUCGCCAACAUCGCCUCCUUGCCCCACUUCCCCCACUCGCCCUUCUUACCACCGCCGCCGUUCAGCCCGUUCGCCCACAACCACCCUCUGUUGUUCCCGCCAGGCUUCCACCCCUUAUACUCACGACACCUCCUAGACCAGGCAGCGCUAAGACAAGCUGCUGAGAAUAACAAUGACGUCAGAGUCGACGACCACAAUGAGCGGACAGAGUCGUCGAAACGGUUCUUCCUAGACGAGAUCUUAAAACAGCAACGGUCUACACAACCGACUCCUCAGGAAGAGGUUAUCUCUGAAGCUGAGUUCGUUCCCACACCGCCGGCUGAAAGGAGAACCUCAGAAUCUCCGUUUCAGGAAAAUCCUAUGGACUUGUCUGUGAAAUCUGACGGCAGGUCGAGUUCUGCGCGUCGGAGAUCUGACGAUAGUGAAGUGAUAGUGCCAGACAAUGAGGACGGAGAGUCAGGCAGCGCAGCGGCGUCCGCGAGCGAGGAGGAGGACGUGUCAUAUUCACAAAUAAAGAGGAUCAAGCUGCACCCUCUGGACCUCACCACCAAAGUCUGACGUGAGACGCCGCGUCACCUAGUGCCCUUAUAUAGACUGUAUUAAACGUCAGUGAAAGAAUCAAAGGCCAGUAUAGAGGAAUGUGAUUUUUGUUUAAGCUCAAACAGUCAUUUGUUUGAUUUGUUAUCGCUUGAAAGAGUCUAUCCAAAUACGUAUAAUAAGUAAUGUUUAGUGAAUACAAUGUUAUUGGUACUUAACGAGCCCGGUUUGAGGUUAUGUACAAAACGAAUGUAAAUAAAUAAAUUAUUCUUUGACAAUGUAAGUUAGGUUACUGUAGAUAAUGAUUAUGUUUUUGGAAAUGGAGACAGCCGGGUGUUGCAGCAUUCCAUUCAGAAUCGUACAUAUUUUUGUAUAAAUGUUUGAAUAUAAUUUAUUUCUAGUAGAAUUUCGAAGUGUUGUUUGAGGUUGUAAUGUGUUACUUCGGGUGCAUUGUGAAUCCUUUUUAUAUUCCUAAGUCUUCGUAUUUCUAUCGGUAGCUAAGUUCUAUUAUAUAAUCACGAC